AUGCCGGUUCCUACUAUGGUCGAUCCAGAACCCUCAGUCGGCAAUACUGCCCCAAGUCAACAAGCUGCGAAGAAAGUAAUGACAAAAGCCGAGAGGAGAGAACUCCAGGAGAAACAGAGGGCCGCUAAAGCCGCCUUGAAGCAGAGUCAACCGCAACCAGGGAAGCCAAAUCAGCCUCAACAACCCAAGCAGCAACAGCAGCAACAGGGUGGCGGGCAGGCAAAACCCAAGCCACCGCAAACGCCGCAGAAGAAGACUUUCCUAACAGAGUCGACUGCAGCAAAACAAGAUCGCGCUGCCAAAGAGGCUGCUGCAGAGGAGGCAGCGGCAAUUCAAUCGCACGGACUACGUAUUUUCUCGCAUUUUGGACAGCCAAAACCUAUCGGGCAUACGGUGAAGGGUGAUAUUCACCCGACAAUCAUCAGACUUGGAUUGCUCUUUUCUGAAUUCAAAAUUUGCGGUGCAAAUGCUCGAUGCAUUGCUACACUUACUGCCUUCAAGCAGGUCAUACAAGAUUAUACUACACCCGCCCAGAAUACCAUUUCUCGACAUCUAAUGACUCACAUAUCCCCUCAAAUCACCCAUCUUGUAUCUGCGCGGCCGAUGUCAGUGUCGAUGGGCAAUGCAAUCCGAGAGCUCAAACUGGAGAUCAGCGCAAUUGAUAUUGACAUGGUCGAACAAGACGCGAAAGAUGCGUUAUGUACGAAGAUCGACAACUACAUUCGUGAUCGCAUUAUUAUCGCAGAUCAAGUCAUCCAAGAAUUGGCAGGCAAGAAGAUCAAGGACGGUGAUGUGGUCCUCACCUAUGCUAAAUCUUCAGUAGUUCAAAAGGUGCUGUUACAAGCACAAGAGGAUGGUAAAAAGUUUUCAGUUGUCGUCGUUGACUCCAAACCCCUACUGGAAGGAAAAUCUCUUCUGAGAUCUCUCACAAGUGGAGCAAACUCGAUUCCCUGCACUUACGCCCUUUUGCCCGCCUUGCCUUCACUUUUGACUGAAGCCACUAUGGUCCUUGUUGGAGCCCAUGCGCUCUACUCCAACGGAGCAGUAUAUUCUCGAGCAGGUACAGCUAUGGUCGCGAUGAUGGCCAAAAUGCAUAGCGUGCCGGUAGUUGUGUGUUGUGAAACGUACAAAUUCAGCGAGGGUGUAAUGGUCGACGGCUUCAGCAAGAAUGAGCUAGUACCUUUGUCCAUCACGCAGAGGAAUUCGUCUCCGAAAGACAUCGCGCCGACACAAAACCUCGAAAGAUUGAAUCCCUUAUACGAUCUAACACCCCCUCGCUAUAUUACCGCUGUGGUUACGGAAGUCGGACUCAUUCCUCCUAGCAGUAUCAGUUCCAUUCCUCUCGCACUUGGCAAGACAUCGAUGUGA